UCAAGGCUUCUUUCGCUCUGUAGCUGUUCAAACAAGGUUGCUGUAUUUGAUGUAAACAUUAUGUCAGGUAACAAUAGAUAUCAGUGCAGCAAAUUUGAGGGAGCGACUCUCGUUACAGCAGCCGAGGACAAUAUUGAACCUGAAGGCUUGAAAAUGAAGACGAAUCGAUACGAUAUGRCGACUMCUCUGACCGCCGGUCUAUUGAAGAGAAAGAUACUAAAGUGGCGAAGUUAUUUUAUUCUCCUUUUGACUCCAUUGUUGCUUUUGCCUUUGCCUCUGGCUGUUCCAAGCUCGGAAUCCCGAUGCGCAUAUUGCAUUCUCAUAAUGGCGGUCUACUGGGUGACAGAGGUAGUCCCUCUUGCAGUCACAGCACUUCUACCGAUGGUGCUGUUCCCGUUACUGGGCGUGGUGGGGUCUAAAGAUAUAAGCCCUCCGUAUUUUCAAGAUACUAACGUUCUGUUCAUGGGCGGUCUAAUUGUUGCCGUGGCGAUUGAAAACUGGAUGCUACAUAAACGGAUUGCUCUCCGUGUCUUGCUUCUUGUAGGGACUCAACCACGAAGGCUUAUUCUUGGAUUUAUGCUGGUAACUGCAUUUUUGUCAAUGUGGAUUAGCAACACUGCAACCACAGCCAUGAUGGUUCCUAUUGCUGAAGCCGUUCUCGCACAACUCAAAGCUGAACAACUGAAACAAGAACAGGAAAGCACCAAAGAGAAAAGAGAUGUAAUGGUUAAUAAUGCYUGUGAUGUUGAGAACAGUAACAUUGGUGUCAAGAUCGAGAUGAAAGAAAAAGAACGCAGUGAUGAAGAAAUCACAACAGUUGACAUGGUCGAUAAUCAAGUGGAUUCCAAACGCAACGCAGAGGGAGAAAGAUCAAGCGCCAACCUUAUAGGAAAAGACCUAGAGGAUCAAAUUGAAAUGAAGUUCAAGAAUAUGAGCAAAAUGCUGCUUCUAAGCAUUGCAUAUGCUGCCAACAUCGGUGGAACAGCUACAUUGACAGGAACAGCACCAAACCUAGUCCUCAGUGGACAGGUUACCAAACUUUUCCCUAAAAGUCCAGGUAUAGGAUUUGCCACAUGGUUCAUGUUUGCCUUCCCAGAGAUGGUUAUCCUAUUGUUUGUUGCGUGGCUGUGGCUACAGAUACUUUUCCUUGGUUUAAGGUGUUCGUGCAAGAAAGACAACCAAAGUCGCCACGAAACAGAUACAGCUAAAAGCGUAUUGAUUCAGGAAUACAAGGCGCUUGGUCCGAUGAGUUUUGCAGAAAAGGCAGUUUUAUGUCAUUUCAUCUUACUGGCGUUGAUGUGGUUAUUCCGUGACCCCAAGUUUAUGCCAGGAUGGGCUAUCAUCUUCAAAAAAAACUUURUACGAGAUGGAACCGCUGCCAUGAUCAUUGCCUUUUCGCUCUUUAUUUUCCCUUCUGAAAGACCGCAGUUCCUGUGCUGGAACCCAGAGGGAGCAGUUACUAAGCCACCAACGGCACUUUUGACAUGGAAGAUAGUAGCCGCCAAGUUACCUUGGAAUAUCAUCAUCUUACUUGGUAGUGGAUUCGCCCUGGCAAAAGCGUGCAAGGAUUCCGGUCUUUCUGUGUGGCUUGGCAUGCAGCUAGCAGGUCUCAAGGCAAUCCCAGCUUGGGCAAUUGUAGCCAUCGUUUGUGUUCUUAUUACAACUUUUACUGAGGUUACUUCAAACACAGCUACCGCAACAAUAUUCCUUCCCAUACUUGCUUCAUUGGGUGAAAGUAUACAAGUCAAUCCAUGGUAUCUUAUGAUUCCUGCAACUGUUGCCUGCUCAUUUGCCUUUAUGCUGCCUGUCGCUACCCCCCCUAAUGCUAUAGUAUUCGCUGGUGGUGCUUUGAAAGUGACAGACAUGGCAAAAGCUGGCUUCGGUAUGAACUUGAUUGGAUGUGCAAUCCUAAUGGUAUGCAUCAAUACUUUUGGAAUGGCCAUGUUUGAUUUAAAUGACUAUCCAUCCUGGGCAGCUCAGCUUGUUACCGCCAAGAACUCAACCAUCCAACUUGUUUGCAAGAAUGAAACUGUCUUCUUUGACUAGAACAUUCUUUUUUCCAGCUUUGAGCCUUUUACUGCGCUCUUUUUGUGAUUUUUAUAAAGAAAAUACUUUUUAUUAUCUCGAUAUACAAGCCGUCUAUUUACUAUGACUUUAUUCAACAAUAAAUUUUCCUACGCGCUCAUUGGUCGAGGUCGAUCGACCACGUUAACGCGUUUGUGCCCGUCGCGGAGGGGUUCUAUCAGUGCGCGCUUAUAGCCCACUGCUUUCAGAACAUUUUUUGGAUAAUAAAAAUAGUCGGGCAUUUUGCUGUGAUAGUUACCCUUUGGAGGCUGGAUAUGCCUCAAAACAUCCCAGAUUUCGAAUUGAAAUUGAAACUGAAAAAUUGGUUGUCGCCAUCUCGAACUGCGUUUCACGGGCGACUUUUUGUUUUUCACAAUGGCCUCGAUUCAACUACCCUAUUUUAUUGCGUGUUUCUUUCUACAUAUUUUUUAUACGCAGAUUCAAUGUAAAUAAGCUUUUAACUUUUUGAAUUGUCACGUGUAUACUGUGGUAGUGAAAUAGCGAUAAUAUAGUGAACUGAAAAAAAUGUAGUGUGCUCGAAAAGGUACUCAUCUCAAUUAUGAAUCAAGUAGUUUUUAAAAUAACUUUAAUAAAAAUCUUUAGAUAAUCAUU